UAACAACACCGCUGACAAACUAGUGUUCAGUCCUAUGCCGACCACUCCACCAGUGAGGUGCAGCCCACACAAUAACAUCCUUUUCUUAAAAACCCACAAGACAGGUUCGAGUACCAUAGCAAAUAUUUUCUAUCGUUACGGAGACUUAAAAAAUCUUACGUUUGCUCUUCCGGGUGCUACAUUACUAGGAUGGCCCAAUAGAUUCCAAGUCUACUUUCCAUUUCGUUUGCAAGACAAAACACCGGACAUCCUGUGCAAUCACGCUAGAUUUAACAAAAUACCCAUGAACUGGCUUUUUCCCAAAGCAACCUGCAAGUACGUUACCAUUCUUCGGAAUCCCGUGGACAAUUUUGAGUCAGCGUUCAGAUACAUGAACAUGGGACGACGCAUAGGUAUAGGAGAUGAUCCUGAAUCCUUGAAAAAGUUCCUGACACAUGGAAUUUCAUUCACUAAAAUGCGUCAAAAGGCGGAGCCUCUCAUCAGAAAUCCCCUCAUGUUUGACUUGGGACUGAGUUUUAAGCAUUACCAAAAUAACACAGCUGUAAAUGAGUAUAUUAGAUUCCUGGAAAAAGAGUUUGACCUGGUAAUGAUCAUGGAAUACUUUGAUGAAUCUUUGGUGUUGAUGAAACGACUGCUUUGCUGGGAAAUUGAAGACAUUUUGUAUUUGAAACUCAAUGAAAGACAAGACGAGGAAAAGGGGACAACACUGACAGCGGAUGUGAGAGAGAAUAUCAAAAGAUGGAACAAAGCCGAUGUGCUGUUGUUUGAAUAUUUUAAUCAGUCUCUUUGGUUUAAGAUUGAAAGCGAAGGGGAGAACUUCUACGAGGAACUGGCCACUUUUCGUAAACGAAGACGUGAAUUACAAAACGCGCGUGUAGAAAAUGAAACGCGUUUAGAAACAGUAUAUAACGGAAAGAAAGUAAAAAGUUAUUCUCUUAGAAAAGGACUGCCGAAAGAAUUGAAGACUUUGUGCGAAAAACUAACAAGAGCUUCUAACACCUAUCUAAGAUACCUAAGAAAGAAACACGAGGAGAAACUAGCCAACGAACUCGACGAGGACGAGGAGAGCUGGAACCUAUCAACAGAUCUAGUUUAUAAUCCCGUUUAACUGACCGCAUCUUCCAAGAAAGAUCUUUUUAAAAAGUCCAAGGGUUGAUAAGUGACGGAGUAAGAAAAUCAUUCCGGCUCUCGUUGUUUGAGUUGUCUCGUUUGGCUUUCCUUUUUUAUCUUAAAGCUGAUUCAAAGUUUGUGCUUGCCGGAAAAUGCAGCUAUCCGUUUUAAUCUUUGCAAGAGAAUAUAAACUGUCUUUUGAUCUUUGUCUGUUGUUUGUGAGAUUGUUGCCUUCCUUAAAAUUCACCCUUUCUGAGCUAAUAACAAAAACAUUCUUUGUGCAAAGGAAAGGUAACAAAAACGUUUCCUCGGAAACACGCGACCAAAAGUGGGGAGAAGCAGACUAAUUGACGCUCUGCACGAUGUAUUUAU